AUGGCAUCGAUAUCGGGGCUCUCCAUGGCUGAGCUCAACGCCGCCGCCCUGGAGCACUUUGUCUAUCAACCAGUCGACAGCUCCAUGAUUUCAUACCUGGCCCAGGCUGCAUACGAUGUUAUUCAGUGUGAUCCUCACAUGAUGCCGCCACCGCCGCCAUCGUCACAACACAUGCCACCCACACCACCUCGGACACCUUCGCCGAGAGCCAUUCGUGUCGAGGACAAUGCCAUGCCUACGCUUGAGGAGUUCAUUACUCAGCUUGUCGUUUCUUCUAACGUUCAGGUACCCACCCUGAUGUCGACACUGGUCUACUUGACCAGGUUAAAGUCGCACCUUCAGCCCAUGGCAAAGGGUUUGCGAUGCACAUCUCACCGCAUCUUCCUGGCUGCUCUCAUCCUCGCAGCCAAGUACCUCAAUGACAGCUCGCCAAAGAACAAACACUGGGCAAACUACAGCCACGUCAACGCCGAUGGCUGCUCAUUUGGUUUCACUCGCAAUGAGGUCAACUUGAUGGAGAAGCAGCUCUUGUUCCUGCUUAACUGGGAGCUUAGAAUCACCGAGGAGGAUCUUUACCGGGAACUGGAUGUCUUCUUGGCUCCUAUCCGUGCUGAGAUCGAUGCCAAGUACGCCCGCCGCCUGCAACGCAAGAGGGAGGAGGCACUCCGCCAGCAGAGAGAAGCCGAAGCCUGGGCAGCUGCCGCACAGUUCCCCACCCCUCCGAGCUCCCGAGGCAGCUCAAGAUCUAGACAGCCUGCUCUUCCCGAGCAAGAAACUGUCCGGAUGGUCCACGAUGCUUACACACCUCCCGGUUUGGCCUACAGCUCUGGAGCAAGCUCAAGCAGCUCAUAUGCUUCUUCAAUCUCUUCGCAACAGCACUCACGGUCAAGCACGCCAGUCUCGGUUCCGGAGGAUCCUUAUGUCUAUGGCGACGGCGAUCUUUACGAGUCGCCUGUUGAGGUUGUUUUGGACAUGCCACAGCCGGCCACACUCAGGAGCUAUCGCAAGGGCGACCACCUUCUCCCGUACGAGAUCAGCGUCGAGGAGCUUCGAGAGAUGCAGGACGGCGGCAGCAAAGCCAAACGCGCGAGAACGGGACGGGGAAUGUGGGGACGAAUGUUCGGCGGCGCUGUUUCAGUGCGGUAA